UUGGAUACGAUGCUAAGUAUUACACCGCUUCCAGUUAGACGUAAUUAGGUGUUGACAAGAAAAUUGGAACUCAAACUCCGAUCUUUUACGGUUUCGUGUUGAGGAACGAGACUCAGUGAUCGUCAGAGCAACUCUUCGACCAAACAACUUCUCCAACUGAUAAUUUUUAUCUGUUAUUUUUAAAAUCUUAAUCCUUUUCUUUUUUUUUUUUUUUAAUCGACGUCUUUCCCUUUGGAUAAGUUUCAAGCCGGACGUUCGUUCGUUCACAUUUCUUGAAAAUUUUUUUAUUGUGUCUGUUCCUUUCUUCAUGUCUCUAAUUAUUCCAUCUGAAGUGUUGCCAGAGGACAGACAUCGUACUUACACGGACUAUUAUUAUUAUUCAUUGCUAUUUACGUCUAAAAAGAAAAAGAUUUGCCUGGAAGUUGGCGACGGCUCACGUCGUGAUCGUCACCUUUUCUCUGCGAGCAGCUUCUCCCUCAUCUAUUAUUUACUGGACUCUGCUGGUAAGUCCGACACCUGAAUAUCGAGCCUACAACAUUAUCACUAAAAACAAUAUCAAGACGAACAGUGUUAAUAAUAAUAACAACAGCAACAACAUUUAGUUUUUCUCCUUCCCUUCUUGUCAAAAAUAUAGUAGAAACCUUGCCGUCCACUUUCGUCUCGAAAUAUUUACGUCUAUCGUCAUUCCAUUUAUACUCCCAAGUUGCUUCUCUCAACUAAAUUUGUGAUAUAACUAUAAAUAUUUAUAUAAUUAUCUAAUCUUUCUUUUGUUUAUAUUCUUCCCAAGUAAUCUUUGGCUGCCCCCACCCAGUUCCCAUUAUAUGUAUUUAUAUAUGUGUAUAUAUCAGAAAAGACAUUGCAUUUUGACACCGAAUUAAAGAAAUUCCAUCUAAGCAUAAAAACAAACAACUGACAUUGUCUACUCAAGCUUUACUGCUUUAUUUUCAAUCCAAUCUUAGUUUUGUCCCACUGACUCUAAAACUUGUACGCAAUACACACACACACACACACAAACAAACGUCUGGAAUAAUUUAUUUUGUUUUGUCUAACGACCAACAACAAAUAGUAUCAACUUGAUGACAUUGUUUUUGAAGGUACCAACCAGAUAAUAUUCUCUCAACCCACAUUUCUUGUGGCAUUUACUUUCUUCCCCCUUUUUUUUUUUGUGCGUAUUAUUAAUAAUUUUCUUUAUCAACCAAUUUGUUGCGUUAGUUCGGUAUAAACUGUUGUGUUACCAUAAGUGAACCGUUUCUUUUUUUUUCUGUAAGUCUGGUAAAUUUUUUAUAAAGAAAUAUUUUGUAACUAACAGUGGAACAUUUUUUUUCCCCUUCUUUUAAAGAACUCUUUCCUCUUCGACUUGGACGAAUCUUCUAACCAAUAUCCGCCAUCAUCGCUGACACCUGCAGCUAACCUACUUUAUCCCAACAAUAAUAGACCCGACCAAACUUCCCAGAAUUUUCUAUCUGUUAACAGUUUUAUAUUAAACCUGCCGUCUUAAUUACCACACCACACUAAUUUGUAUCGGCUUCACUUCCACCUGCUCCGUUCUUUACUCCGAUAGGCCACCCCAUAGACAUUGGCGGAUUCGGGAUCCGAUGUGCGAGACCGAUUUUUACCAAAUUCCCAAGGAUAUCAACGAGGUUAUCUACCCACAAGUGAAUGACACGGGUGGCCAGUACGAUAUAAGAAUGCCCUCCGUUGCACAAGCCGAUUACAGCAUUCGCGACGUCUGGCAAUCUAACUUGGAGCAGGAAUUCCGCACCAUUCGCCAAGUUGUACAAUCCUAUAAAUAUGUUGCUAUGGAUACCGAGUUUCCCGGGGUGGUGGCGCGUCCCAUCGGCGAAUUUCGCAGUAAUGCCGACUACCACUACCAGCAGCUGCGAUGUAAUGUCGAUUUGCUCAAAAUAAUUCAAGUCGGUAUGACAUUCUUGAAUGAUUACGGUCAGACACCUGCACCAAUUUCAACUUGGCAGUUCAACUUUAAGUUCAAUCUUACUGUGGACAUGUAUGCCCAGGAAUCUAUUGACCUGCUCACCAACUCAGGAAUUCAAUUCAAGAAACACGAAGAGGAAGGUAUCAAUACGGAUGAUUUUGCCGAACUGCUAAUGACUUCUGGCGUUGUGUUGACCGACCAAGUGAAGUGGCUGUCCUUCCAUAGCGGUUAUGACUUUGGUUACAUGCUAAAAAUAUUAACGAACACCAAUUUACCAGCCGAAGAAGCAGACUUUUUUGAGCUUUUGCGAAUCUACUUCCCGAACAUUUACGACGUGAAGUACCUGAUGAAAAGUUGCAAAAACCUCAAAGGUGGCCUACAGGAAGUGGCCCAACAACUAGAGAUUCCUCGAGUGGGGCCUCAGCACCAAGCGGGCAGCGACAGCUUGCUGACCGGAGCGGCUUUUUUCAAUAUGCGGGAAAUGUUUUUCGAGGACAAUAUUGACGAUGCUAAGUACUGUGGCCAUCUCUAUGGACUUGGGAAUAAUUAUGUAAUGAACGGAAGUGGUGGCGGCGGCGCCAGUAGCAAUAACGGCAGCAGCAGUAGCAGCAACAUUAAUUCUAGCAAUGGUAAUAGUAACAGCAACAACAACAUCAGCAGCAGCAACAACGGCGGCAACAGCAGCAGCUUUGAGAACCACAUUUCUCCACUUAGCUCUGCUGUGUCUACCAACAACGGUGAUUCCUCCAGUAGUCAAAACAGUUCUUCCUAAGGUGUGCCCACCCCAAUUUACAUUGCUGUAUACCUUUCUCUUCCUCUCUACUUUAUCUUCCUGGAGCCUUAACAACACCAAAUUAUCAUAAUCCUAAGUUAAACCUGGUUAAAACUUAUAUAUCCACCAGGUUCAUCAUAGCACUUGUCUUUCAAACCCUUCCAGACUUUUACAAAAUUUUUUAUUUAUUUAUUUUUAUUACUUUUAGGGCGAUGGCAUCAUUGUAGCAAAUGGUAGGGGCUGAACUAAAUACUUAAUACUGUUCAGUUAUGUCUUUACAUUUCGAGUUCAAAUCCCACCAGAGUCAGCUUUGCCUUUCAACCCUCACUCUAAGGUCAAUAAAAUUAGAACCAGCAAUAUACUGGGAUCAUUUAUAUUGACCCUAACCCCUUCCCUACAAAUUUUUGGCUUUGUGCCAAAGUUAAAAAGUCGUUAUUAAUGUUAUUGCAAUGGCCAGUCCAAAUGGCAUCUGUUAGUAUUUGGAGUUUUUGUUUUUGAGUUUGAAUGCUGCCAACCACCUCUCUGAUUCCUAGGGAUCAGUCUCCCUUUAAUUCCCCCUAAUUUUACUCCACCAAAAUGUUUAAAAGAAAUAAUUAUUGUGGCAAACACUGCAUUUUGGCGAAACGAAUCCAGUUUUGGUUUCAAGCUACAACUGUUAUAUUUAACAUUUACUCAUGUAAUGAGGAAAUGCAUAAACCUCACUACAUCCUAUUUGUUCUUUCCCUGUUAAUCUGAUGUAAUUAUGCAAGAAAUGUAUUUAUUUGUUAAUUAUGAAGCACCAAGUGGGUGAUGGCUUGUGGGGCCGCUUGCAUCCUGCUGCCAGCAAUGCUUUACGUUUGCAAGCUCUGGGCUGCUUUCUAAUACCUGGCUAAAGCAGUGGAUGGGAAGUAGCAGACAAAAUACCUUGUGGUACUUAGAUAUGUCCCUUUAGGUUCAAAUCCUGCCGAGGUUAACUUUGCCUUUCAUCCUUCUGGGGAUCAAUAAAAAGAAAAUAGCAGUCAAAAACUGGAGUUGAUCUGGACAACCAUUUAUCCCUGCUCUCCCCACAAAUGUAUAACCUUGUGCCUAUAUUAGAAACAAGAGGGCAAGCAGGUACCAUCAGGGACUUAAAGGGAGGAAGGAAAAGUUACCUGAGAUAACCUGGCAUCCUCUCCAGGAUGAGAUGUGUCACUCAUUUUGCUUAACUUGCUACUAAAACUGUGAAAGGGUUAAUUGUUAUUCCCUCAUAAUAAUGACUUGGCGAGAUUGCAGACACAAUAAAGUGACAGAUUUUAAUAUCUUACAAGAUUUAGUUUCGUUUUGUCUUUCAUCCAGUUGUGGUUGAUAAAUACCAGUAAUUACAAGUAUCUAUCCUGUUGACUGAAACUUCCUUUUUGAGACAAGCUUUUCUCCUAAUAAGGAAAAUUAUUAUUAUUAUUAUUAUUAUUAUUAUUAUUAUUAUUAUUAAUUGUUGUUGUUAUUGUGCUAGAUAGCAGAAUUAGUAGAGCGUCAGACCAAAUGCCAUACAGUAUUUAGUUUUGGCCCUUUACGUUCUGAGUUCAAAUCCCGCCAAGGUCAACUUUGCCUUUCAUCCUUUUGGGGUCGAUAGAAUAAAGCACCAGUAAAAUACUGGGGUC